AUGGAAGAGGAAGUUGCUGCUCUCGUCAUCGACAAUGGUUCGGGUAUGUGCAAGGCCGGUUUCGCCGGUGACGACGCACCGCGAGCUGUCUUCCCGUCCAUUGUCGGUCGCCCCCGUCACCAUGGUAUUAUGAUUGGUAUGGGCCAGAAGGACUCGUACGUCGGUGAUGAGGCACAGUCGAAGCGUGGUAUCCUCACGCUCCGAUACCCCAUUGAACACGGUGUUGUCACCAACUGGGAUGACAUGGAGAAGAUCUGGCACCACACCUUCUACAACGAGCUCCGUGUUGCCCCCGAAGAGCACCCCAUCCUCUUGACCGAAGCUCCCAUCAACCCCAAGUCCAACCGUGAGAAGAUGACCCAGAUCGUGUUCGAGACCUUCAACGCGCCCGCCUUUUACGUCUCCAUCCAGGCCGUUCUGUCCCUUUACGCUUCCGGUCGUACCACCGGUAUCGUGCUCGACUCCGGUGACGGUGUCACUCACGUUGUCCCCAUCUACGAGGGUUUCUCGCUGCCCCACGCUAUCUCGCGUGUCGACAUGGCCGGUCGUGACCUGACCGACUACCUGAUGAAGAUCCUGGCGGAGCGUGGCUACACCUUCUCCACCACCGCCGAGCGUGAAAUCGUUCGUGACAUCAAGGAGAAGCUUUGCUACGUCGCUCUCGACUUCGAGCAGGAGAUCCAGACCGCCUCGCAGAGCUCCACCACCGAGAAGUCUUACGAGCUGCCUGACGGCCAGGUCAUCACCAUCGGUAACGAGCGCUUCCGUGCUCCUGAGGCUCUGUUCCAGCCCAACGUCCUGGGUCUUGAGAGCGGCGGUAUCCACGUCACCACCUUCAACUCCAUCAUGAAGUGUGAUGUUGAUGUCCGUAAGGAUCUGUACGGCAACAUCGUCAUGUCUGGUGGUACUACCAUGUACCCGGGUAUCUCCGACCGUAUGCAGAAGGAGAUCACCGCCCUGGCGCCCUCGUCGAUGAAGGUCAAGAUCAUCGCUCCCCCGGAGCGCAAGUACUCCGUGUGGAUCGGUGGUUCCAUCCUGGCCUCGCUGUCCACCUUCCAGCAGAUGUGGAUCUCCAAGCAGGAGUACGAUGAGAGUGGUCCCUCGAUCGUGCACCGCAAGUGCUUCUAA